CCUGUGGUUGAAUUCAAACAUCAAUCAAACUUUUAACAUCUGUGCGUCAAACAACAACAAGUCAAGAACGAACAAUCUUAGUCAAUUUAUGAUUGUUUUUCAUUGUUUUAUGUUAAAGUUCUCUUAUUUGGUCAAUCAGAGCUGUUUACCAAAUUUGUGACUUAUAAGUGUGUUUCUUUAGUGUAUGUAUUAUCGCUGCUUUAGCUAUCAGUAGAUUAGAAAUAUAUCUUACUGGGAUUCUUAGUAAUUGAAAGGUAACUAGUUAUCGGGUAUUGUUCGUUGUGAAUAAUCCUGCCAUAAUUUAUUAUUAAUAACUGUUGAACAUUUUUGAACGGUAUGGGUUUACCUUUGCCAAUACCACCUUGUGCUAAAAGAGACGGUAAUGUUGGAUUGGGUCGUGAACGCUUUGAAUAUGCAAGCUGUAUGGCUACCACAUUAUUAGCACCUGUGAAAACAGAACAACAGAUUUUGGAACAUUCCAUGUAUGAAGAUGAUCCCAAUGCAAAUAUACAAUUACCAAGUGAGGUUGGUUCAAAACCUCGCUGGGGACCUCGCCACCGUGGAGCUCAAGAGCUUGCUGAACUCUAUAGUCCUGGGAAACGACUUCAGGAAUGGGUAUGCGUAGUGGCCUGCUGUACAUUAUGUAUAACUGCGGGCAUUUUAAUGGCCAGACAUAUUCGGGCAGACGCCUCUCUAUUAUUGGCCGCUCUUGCUGGUGUUCUUACUGCUGAUUUUGCUUCAGGGGUUGUACACUGGGCUGCAGAUACAUGGGGAGCUGUUGAUUUACCAGUGAUCGGCAAAAAUUUUUUACGUCCUUUUCGCGAGCACCACAUCGACCCCACGUCAAUAACACGACAUGAUUUCGUGGAGACGAAUGGUGAUAAUUUCGCCAUCACAGUACCUGUUUUAGCACGUAUUGUAUGGCAAUUGACGACUUAUGAUAAUGCAAUUAUCGAAAAAGAAUUUCAUUGGAUUUCGUACUGGUAUUUGUGUUGCAUCUUCGUGGCUAUGACAAACCAGAUUCACAAGUGGUCUCACACUUAUUUUGGGUUACCGACGUGGGUAGUCCUAUUACAAGAAUGGCACAUAGUGCUUCCCCGGAAACAUCACCGCAUUCACCACGUGGCGCCGCACGAGACUUACUUCUGUAUUACCACCGGCUGGUUAAACUACCCGCUAGAAAAACUACGCUUCUGGUCCACUUUAGAGACAAUCAUUGAAACUCUGACUGGGUGUAAACCGCGAGCGGAUGAUAUGAAAUGGGCACAAAAACGCUCCUAGGACUUGUUUCUCCACAUUGGGGUAGCUUUUCUUUUCUACCGCGUGUCCACAUAUUAUUUAAAUGAAAUAGUAAUAUAGUUUACUUUAGUGUUUAAAAAAUAAGAUGAAAGAGUUUAUUUAUUACUAGCUGUGCCCGCGACUUCGUCCGCGUGGAAUAGUUAUUUUGGGCAUCAUUGAAGCCUUCAAGGAUGAAUAAUUUACCCCGUUUAUUUCACAUUUUCCAUUCCAAAAGGCCUAAAGCCUUCCUCGAUAUAUGGUCUAUUCAAUACAAAAAUAAUUUUUCAAUUCGAGCCAAGUAGUUCCUGAGAUUAGCGCAUUCAAACAAACAAACUCUUCAGCUUUGUAAUAUUAGUAUAGAUUUGCUUGUUAAAAAUGUGUAUCGAGUUUACACGAGGCCUAGUGAAACUGAUCUUAGGUAAAGAAUCAUCAGACUGUGCUAUAAACAAUAUUUAGGAACCUACAUCAAAUAUACAUAUUUGGCAAGACUGUUCAUUUUAGGUUUUUGCCUUAUUAACUAAAUAAAUGCAAGUUUGAAGUACAAUAUCCUGCAAUAAUCUUAGAGUUAAGAAUAGGCACUAAAAUAUGAUUAAUUAGACCAAAGAAUUUAGACGAGCGUUUUGUAUCAAACCUACUUUUCGGUUAUUCUCUCGGGCUUGUAAAAUGAGGUACCUAUACUUAAUAUAAUUAAAUUUUACAGAACUUUAUGUUAGUAAUUUGUCAGAUCAAAUUGUGUUAAAUAACUCGAGUAAACUAAGUUUGUUUCAUGAUGCCUAUAAAUGUGUGUUCGAAGACCUCAUCAAUUAUGACUAAUUAAUUCAUACAUAACUUAGCAAUUUCACAUUUAACCAGAUAUUUGAGUGUCGUCUGCUAGACUUUAUGACGCCUUCAGACACUCAGCUGAUUGGCGUGUUGUCGUCAAUCAAAUGCUUAAGCAGGUACAGUAACUUAAUGCUUCUGCUUAAUUAAAAUAACUGUUCCUACACCUGCAUAAGUAAAUAAGUGGUUAAGUAACUGUGCCCACCAGGGCAAGGCUAAAAAGUAGCAGAAUAAUUCUAGUUACAGAAACAGCUGUUAUCCUAUCUCCAUAUCGCGUAUCUAGUUAGAUUUUCGAUUUUUUUUACAUCUAUCACUCAAUGAUGCUUUUCAUUCGAUUUUAGCAGCCGAUUCCUACUUAUUAACUACAGCCAAUGACAACAGAAUUUGUCAGGAUUUAAAAUAAAAGAAAAAAUAUGAAACGAUUUGGAAAUAGGACUUAGUUUUGAUAGUAUGUGCUUAAUUCAAUUAAUGUGCAUACUCCAUUGUACACCAUUUAUCAUUUAAUAUAUGUAAAUGUAAUUCUGAAAAAUAAGACUUCUCGCGGAAUCCCUAAAGAUUCGUCAGGAUCGCGUCAUGACUGUUUGUCUGUGUUCGAUUUUAUGACGCGCUCGAUUAACGCCUAAGGUCACCAACUACUUUUUAGUAUAUUAUAAAUAUUACGUGCCCAGUAUCUGCAUAUAACCACGAUCCAGGUAUGAAUAAAUAAGGUAAUAACAGGAAACAAUUCCCGUUCUCAUCUGACCUCUGUGUGUUUAUGUAUAUUUUUGAUACCUACAUUGCUUUGGCUCUUUGUCAAUAAUAAUUACUUACAAUAGCAACAUGGUGUGCUAUUUCAAUUCAAUAAUGUCAAAUGAGAAGCUGCACAUAAAUCAUAUUUGGGGUUAAUAGAAAUAAUAAAUCGGCGAUAAGCCAUGGACUGAGGAGUACCUACCUAUUAAGUAGGUAAUGUACCUAAUAAACAGGAUGCGCACUUUUUUCUUGAACCUAAGUGAUGGGGGUGUCGGAGCCCUUCGCACAAAUGUAUACUCUCAAAUCUUAGCUUCACUUUGUUUUUGAACGUUUGUUCGAUUAAAUAAAAAAUCGAAGUAAGUUACAUAUAGGUACCGUGAUUUCUCUGAACCCUGUUCCCAAUGGGGCAGCUAUUAUAAGGACCUGGUCUAUGAAGAUUUUACUACAUUCCUACGUAAUGCCAGAGUGUGCCCGUCUCCUUGCUGUUCCGCGUUGGGAAUAGGAUUUUGAAUAUCGUUUGACCUAUCGAUAGACAUUUAAUGUUUAUGCAUGGUUCAACCGAUCUAUACGAGUAUUAAAGUUUUAAGUAGUCAUGUUUAUAUUUAUUUUAAUUGAUAGUGUUUUUUUUUGUAAUGUCAUGUAGCAAAGUUGUUACAUGUUAAGUGAUCGGCCAUUUAGAUAUCAGAAUGAACGGUCACCCUAAAAUGUUUCAAUUCUAUUAAAUUACGACGGAAGCAAUGAUAAAUGCAAGGCAGUAUUGUUUUUGGCAUAAAAAAUAAUACGCUCAAUGUAAAUCACCUUUAGUAGCCGUUCAUGAGUGUGGUAGGUACCUAAAGUUUCGUCCGAUGUAUUGUUGUGAUAUCCGAUGUAUAAUUUUGCAAUCACAAAUAAAUUAAGUAUAUGCAUAGCGUACUAAUUAAAAAAGGAAUUUAAUUCUGUGAUUUGUGCCUCAAUUGUAUAAAUAUUAAAAAUGAUAUUUUAAAACGUUUUUAUAUAAUUACUGAGUAAGCACUGUUAGAUUAUAUAGAACUUAUCAACUCAAAACUUUGUAACUUGGUACAAUAAAAAUGAAUGAAUGGAGAACUUAAAUAAUAUUGAAAUUGUUGAAUUUUUACGUAAUACCUAAGUGCCUAAUUCAAAACAAACAGUUAUCUCAAUAAAAUAUCAAAAUCUUUCAGUAAAUUACUACUUUAGAAUAUUAUAUAUACUAUACAUAUACUAUUCUGAAGUAUAUAUAUAUAUCUUUCUAUCUAUAUAGAUAUAAAAUUACUUCAGAAUAUUUUUUUGUUAAUUCAUUUUGUAUUUCAUAUUCACCUAGUCAGCUUUGUUAUUCCGCCGCUGAUACGCGUAUACUUUCGAAUAAAUUUUGUUAAAUUCCA